UGAAUUAAUAAUUAGGUCGCAAAUCAUAAUUAUAAUUGUUCUUGUUAAAUUUGUGAGUAUAAAACAAAACCUCCUAGUAACGGCAAACUAGUUAUAUCAUUUUAACUCAACCAUAAACAACAUUAAUCGUUGUAUUCGUCUGAUUCUGGUCUUUGUGUAAUGAUAUCCUUCCGCAACCAUAAUUGUAUGUGAUUCGGUCGCCGGUUAGGGGCAGUGUCUGAGAGGUUCAAUAAUCCAAAAGCACAUUUGCUUGAAAAAUACUACGAAAAUGGAUGAGGAAUACGACGUUAUCGUCUUAGGGACAGGCUUGAAGGAAUGCAUCCUCAGUGGUUUGAUGUCCACAGAUGGGAAAAAGGUCUUGCAUAUGGACAGGAACACGUAUUACGGAGGCGAAAGUGCUUCCCUUACACCUCUUUCCCAGCUGUUUGAUCACUUCAAACAACCUGCUCCAGUUGACGACAAGUAUGGUCGACCACGGGACUGGAAUGUUGACCUCAUCCCAAAGUUUCUCAUGGCCAAUGGAAAGCUAGUCCAGCUGUUGGUAUAUACUGGCGUAACCAGAUACCUUGAGUUCAAAAGUCUGGAUGGAAGUUUCGUCAGGAAGACGGAUGGCAAGCUCCACAAAGUACCUGCUGAUGAAAGAGAGGCUUUAUCUUCAUCAUUAAUGGGAUUGUUUGAAAAGCGACGUUUCAAGAAGUUGCUUUCUUAUUGCCAGAGUUUGGAUCUAGACAACCCUGCUGCUAAAAACAAAGACGAUAAAAAAAUAGACCCAGACAAUUUGGAUGCCACACAGUUGUAUACAGAAUUUGGCGUUGAUAAAAACACGCAGGAUUUUACUGGGCACGCCAUUGCACUGUUCCUCAAUGAUGAUUAUCUGCACAAAAAUUGCAAGGAGCUAAUAAGGCGCAUUCAGCUGUAUUCCGGGUCUCUAGCCAGGUAUGGCAAAUCCCCUUACCUGUACCCACUGUAUGGACUUGGAGAACUUCCGCAGGGAUUUGCAAGAUUGAGUGCCAUUUAUGGCGGAACUUACAUGCUCGGAAAAACAGUGGACGAACUGGUGAUGGAGGAUGGGAAGGUAGUGGGUGUCAAGAGUGGCGGCGAGGUGGCUAAAACCAAGAUGGUCAUCUGUGAUCCCUCGUAUGUACCACACAAAGUCAAGAAAACCGGAAGGGUGGUGAGAGCUAUUUGUAUUCUGAAAGGAAAAGUGGAGGGAGUCAAUAACAGUGAAUCUCUCCAGAUCAUCAUUCCACAGAACCAGGUUGACAGAAAAAAUGAUAUUUACAUCUGUGUGCUCUCCAAUCAACAAUGUGUGACGGCCAAGGGUUUUUACCUUGGGAUCGUCAGUACCACGGUGGAGACCAGUGAUCCAGAGGGAGAGUUACAAAUCGGCAUUGACAUUCUCAACGGCAAGGACAAAAGCAAUAUUGCAGAAAAAUUUAUUGCUGUAGCUGAUAUGCUAGAACCGGUUGAUGAUGGAACAGCAGAUAACAUAUUCGUAUCAACAUCUUAUGAUUCUACUUCACAUUUCCAAACAACUUGCGAAGAUGUCGUUGACAUUUACAGAAGAGCAACUGGUAAAGAAAUAGACCUCACAAAUAUGCCUCACAUGAAUAACCAAGAGGAGGAGCAAAGCGCACAGUAAUUUAAUCCCCAGAGACUCUUAGUGCUGUGGAAGAUGCUGUCCGAUAUCAAUAUCUUGAACAUCGCUGUUUCUAUCAUAACAUGUGACGGUUUCUGAGAUGGUUGUUUGAUAAACAUGCUGCAGGAUUUUUUUCCUCUAAUUUCUUUUUCAGAUCGAGGUAGGAAUACGAUUUUAGUCUGAAAUGAUUUGUAGUCCUCGGAAAUGGUUGAUUCUGUGAUCACUGAAAAGUGGAAAGUAGAGCAAAGUUGAAUACGACUACGUAUUUUGAGCAGGAAGUAAGUUGGGUGAUGAGGUAUGGACGCUGUUAUAAUUACCACAACUAUGACACUUAUCUUCUUGUGUAUAUUUUUUUUUUUUGCAGGAGAUAAAAUCAUGGAAGUAGGGAAAGACACUUCUACAAGUCAAUGUCUUAAUUGUCAUUUGUUAUGCAUUCAGUAAUGAAAUAUACUUGUGCAACAUCGGCCUGAAUCAUUCAUUGGUAUUAAGCAUUACAAUGUUUUCCCUUGGUAUAUGUGGUGCAUGUUUGAUUAAAUUGUGUAGUUUUUCUCCAAUAAUGAUAAUUCAAAUUGACAGUCACAAAGAGCUGCUUCCUGUUUAAUAGCUCCUUAAAGUGAUUUUACCACUGAUCCAAUUCUCGUUGCCGUAUAAACAAAAUCAACAAUACAAUCAACAGAACAAGACUAAUAUAUAAAUUGAUCAUCAACUGGUAAAUUCUGUUAUGUACUGUUAGCAGUCAUUGUACAAUUUAUCACUCAUCUUUAUGGGGAUGCUGUGUUUGAAUUUUAAUUUAUUUCACAUAUUUUCACAAGUAAUAUUAUACUGUAUUGAUUUCUGUUAUCGUUUCUUUGUCGGUUACUGAUAAUAUAUAGACUAUCAUGAAAUCUGUGAAAUGCUCAAACCAUUUUGUUGGAACCCACAUGCAACUGAUAAGAUGAAAAACGUUGGGAACCUAGCUACAUGCAUUUGAUUCUAAAGAAGAAACUAAGAAAAACUAACUUUGUUCUGAAACACUGGUAAUAUUUGUAGAGCCCACUUUUGUCUCAUGACAGUACACUCUUUCUACCGGUUAGAUAACUCUGAAAGCAGUAACAUUUUAAGUUUGAUUUGUCCCAUUUUAUUUGACCAAAAUUUAAGUGACAGUUGUGUAUAUGUGUAUAUAAUAUAUAGAAUAUACUUGUGUAUUAUUGAUGUAUGUAGACGUUGCUAUGUUUCCGCGACCAGGUCCACAUUUCUCGAUAAAUAUUCAAUGGUAAGAUUUGAUUAGAGUUUUUCUAAAAUUUCUUUAAACAGCAUGUUCACAUUCAGGAAAUAUAUUAGAAUAUUGGAAGUUAUUUUAUGAAUUAAGAUUUUUUUUUUUUAAACUCGACACUUCGCCAAGACAUCUCAUUUCAGAAUUAAAUGUGAAUGUUAAAACUGGAAUUUUGAUAUUUAAAUGUAUAUGGAAUAUCUUUUGUGUUUUUCAGAUUCUUGUAAAUUUAAUAAAAACAAAAUGCUGAAAAAUAACUUUGAGAAAAUCUAUCUAUUAUUUAUUAUCGAGAAAUUAAUUUCAGGUCGUGGACAUCUAGCCUAGUAUUGCGCACGUCAUCGUUAAUGUAUGUUUCCAUGGUUUUUGUUGGGUGUGAGACGGUAUGGAAGAGUUUAGAAAGAGCUUAAUAAGGUGACACUGCAAUACUGGGGCACUAUUUUAUUAACGCUAUUUCUUGUCAUACCCACAGCUAAAUAACUGGCAGGUGACAGUAAAACAUCUUCAAGAGUUCACUGUUACCUUAGUUCUUUUCUGCGAUAUAACAUGGUAAAUUUUAAUCAAGAAAAUGUUAUUCUAAAGAGUUUUCCAAAUUUAGCUGUCAUUUUAUUUGACAAAAUAGAUCAUAAAUCCAGGUAUUUGUUUGUAUUUAUACCAUAUAUAAUCUUGAUAUGAAAUUUUAAAUAUCAAGAAACGAAAUCAUUCAAGUAACAAUGCAUCUGUGUAUAUAUUAAUAAAGUGCUUACCAGGUAUUGAAGAUUUGAAAAUGAAUUUUAACAUUAAAUUGUUAUUAUCAAGGGAUAUGCUUUUUGUACCAAACAAAACACAUUUUCUAACAGAAUUGACGUACCAGGGUAAACUUUUCCUUGAAUGGUUAGUGAAUAAUUGAACAAGCUUUUUUAAAUGGUGUAUGGUUUAUUUGAUGAUCCCAUAGAGAUCAGGAUUCUAUAAUUGACUGUGUAAAAAGAGCCUAUAUGCUAUAAUAUGGGGUAACAAGGAAUUGUACAUCUCUCUUUAUCCUUUACGUUUAUAUAGAAGACAAGUAGGGUACUGGCUGGCCAAUACUUUUAUCUGCAAUAGCAAGCACCAUGUGUAACAAGAACCUCGGAAUUUCCUCUACAAUAUUUUCUAGCUUCAAUAAAACACAAUGCCUUUAUGCCAAUGCAUUUUGUGAAUUGAAUGUGAAUGCGCUUUCCAGACUUGAUUAGUUGCUUUCUAACAGAAUUUUCAAGACCAUUUUUCAUACUUAAAACUGCUUUGUGAAUCUGUUGAAUCAAGAAAAAUAUCUUUUCAAUCAGAAAUUUCUAGUGAUCUUAUUGUGACAAUUAGACGUUGUAAUGUUCUCUUAGUCUGAAUGCUGGUAAAAUGAGAGAGAGAGUCUGUGAAGGUAUUGGGUGCCAGAGUUUUUUUUUCUUUUCUUGCCUAUUGUCUGAUAUUUUGGGGAGUAUAUGUACCACGCUUUCAUUAUAAUAUAUAGAUGUAUUCCUGUGAAGCCAAUUUAAGAUAUGUCACCCUCUUGUCCGAUACCAUGCUUACAUACUUCAUAAGUAAAUAAAGGUACAGAACAAGA